AUACCCAACACCACCUAGAUAAGUUCAGGCCUCUUCACUCCGGCGCGCCUUCGUGUGACGUCAUUCAACUUUGCCCGAGCCUCUCACGCCAACACCACCUAGCUCACGCCGUACCAGCAGCGUUUCGGCGUGUCCGGGCAUGUUGACAGGCAAGGAGGAGGGCGACCUCUCUCGAGAGAGCGAGCACCGUGGCACCGUGGUAGCCCGUAGCUUUGCGGCAGAGCCGUAAGUUGUCCGAGUGUCCGACAGGUGGCGGCAGCCGUGACAAUUAUUUCACUCUGUCGUUGAACGAGACCACGCGGCCACGCCGUGCGCGCUGUUCCGUGUUGCAGUUACCGCUUCCGCCGAAUUUAUUUUGUUGACGAAUGUAUCCUGAGACAUGGGGCGGUGUUGUGUACCCAACUGUCGAGGGAACUAUGACAAUGGUCCGAAAGUCCGCUUGUUUUCUUUUCCGAGAGACGCUAAGCGAAGAGCGGAAUGGCAGCGGGCUGUGCGACGGAGCGACGUCGACGUGAGGCUGUUGAAGGACCCCAAGGUUUGCGAGCGUCACUUCAAGUCGGAACACCUGCGCACAACGUCAACGUAUACGGACUGCGAUGGACGAACCAUUGAAGCUCCUAUGAAGUUGACACGGCUGACUCCAGACGCCUUCCCAGCCAUUUUUCCAGACUGCCCUUCGUAUAUCUCGAAUUCGCGCACGUCGCGACAAGAGCCUGAACUGAAAAGGAAGCGGACUGAAAAUGAGCUACUCCAGAAAGCCAUACACGAGUCCCAAGCAGCGUUUGAAAAAGAAGAAAAACAGUACAAAGUUUGUAAUCUGGGUGAACUGAUUUCUCGGGUUAACGAGCGUCCAAAUAAGAAGUUUUGGUGUACAACAGCCUGCGAGACGUGCCUCAUCGUCGCCCACAUCGAACCGGCGUUGCAAGCUUCGGAGAUGCUUGUAUCUGUGGUGGUUACAGAGGAUCUGUCCGUUUCCGUGUAUUUUAAGUGCGCUCCGUUGGUGUCGGAUGAUGUGUGCAUUCCUGACGAAGUCCGUGAUGUCCGUGUGCUGGACAACCUUCUAGACAGCGUGGAGCGAUAUUGUGAAAAGAAGGCCCGUCAACAGGAGGACAAGGUGGGAGGAGUGCUUAGGCUUGUUUUAUCCUUGCUGGAUGACAUUUGUGAUGAUGAGCUGCAUGAUGAUGAGAGGGCUGACGCACUAAUCUUCCUGAAGGAGCAGUGCAAGCUGCUGACAAAGAAGAGCAAUGGCGUGCGGUAUUCUGCAGAGCUUUUAGUUUUUAGCAGUAUAUUGCACACAAUUUCUCCACAUGCCUACAAGUUUUUUCGCCACAGCAACAAGCUUGUCUUGCCGCAUGACACUACCAUCAAGCGAGUUUGUGCUGCACAUGAUGUGAGCCCAUCGAAAGAGCAGUGCGAAGAAGGUUUUCUGAGGUACAUUAAGCGCAGAGCAACCAUUCUGAAGCCUCAUGAAAAAAAUGUGACUGUCAUGCUUGAUGAAAUACACCUGCAACAGUUUUUUGAAUAUAAAGGUGGCUGCCUAACAGGGUUUGCUGCGCAUUGUGCGGAACCAGCAAAGACAGCGCACGUGUUCAUGGUACAGUCUUUGCUUUCAUCUUAUAAAGAUGUUGCUCAUAUCCUUCCGGUAACUCGUAUCACAGCAACGGAGCUGCAUGAUGUUCUAAAGACACUAAUCAUGAGGCUUGAAAGUGCUGGUCUGCAUGUUGUUGCGGUCGUAACAGACAACAAUGCCAUAAACAGGAAAAUGAUGUCUCUGUUUAGCGAGCAAAAUGAGCCAGGGAUUGUUUUUCCUCAUCCUGCCAACCCGCAGCAGCCAUUGUUUCAUGUUGUGGACACUGUUCACUUGCUCAAGUGUAUACGCAACAAUUGGCUCAAUCAGAAGGAUGAUGACAAGUCGUUUUUGUAUCCUCCUUUUGAAAGCUGUGGAAGUGGUGAGGACCAAAAAGCUUCGUUUACUUUUUUGAGGAAGCUGUACCAGGGUGAACAAAGCAAGCUUGCAAAGGUUGCCUAUGGUCUGAGCUAUAAAGCACUUUAUCCAAGCCACCUAGAGCGUCAAAAUGUGAAAUUGGUGUUGAAAGUUUUUAACAGCUUUGUGUCAUCAGCUUUGUCACUUGAAGCGCAGAAAUUGCAUUUGGCUGCACUGCAGGAAACGGCCACCUUUAUUGAUUUGAUUGUCAGGUGGUGGAGCAUUGUAAAUGUUAAGACUCCAGAAAAGGGGCACAGACUACGUGAUGUUUAUCAGCAGCCUGUGAAGGAUAUGUCUUGUUUGCAAGUUCAGUACCUUGAUCAGUUCAUUACCUGGCUUGACAGGUGGAGCCGGAGGGGAACCACGGCUGGAGGUUUGACAAAGGAGACCCACUUUGCUCUCCGGCUAAGCACGUAUUCAUUGAUUGAGCUGUCACGGUAUUGCCUUGAUGAGCUGGGCUUUAGGUACGUCCUUUUGGGGAAGUUUCAAACAGAUUGCCUUGAGGCCAGGUUCGGGAAGUACCGCCAAAUGUGUGGAUCUCACUACAAUGUGUCAAUCACAGAAGUAUUCGAAGCGGAGACAAAGAUUCGCUUGCAGGACACUUUAAAGCUUGAAGACAUGCCGCUGUCAUUGGCACCUAAGGAACAGGAGCUUGAUGCCGAGAUGCUAAUAGCAAAGUAUGCCAUCAAACUCACCCAAAGCGACCUGAAGGCAUCACAAACUGACGUGCCUGCGUUGGCAUACAUUGCAGGCUAUUGUGCGCAUGCUGCAAUUAAACGUCAGCCAUGUGAGGAUUGUCAGUCACAGCUCAUGAUCACUGACCGAGAACUGCAGCAAAGUGAGCACGUACUCAUUGACAGCAUGAGCAGAGGCGGCUUGAAGUUUCCGCAGCCUUUUGUUGUUAAUGUUGUUCUUGGCACUAAGAUAGUAUUAGAGCAUCUUGUCAGUAAGGAACAGGAGCAGCGGUUUCAUGCAGAAGCCAACCAAAGGAUGGUCCUCUUGAGCAUCAUGCAGUUCCUACUAAGCGACGGCGAGGAGUUGGACAUGUGUGCAAGUGGCCACCAUCCAGAUACCUACCACCGUGAGAAGGAUCACGGCUUUGGCAACAGCCUCGCUUGCAUCCUAGGAGUACUUCUCUUGCUGAGUGGAGUCGAGGCCACUGUGCUACCAAGGACUCUGAUCCUCGUGGUGCUGUCGGUGACUGCAUUCGUGUGCGUCUCCAUGUUUCUCAUCUUAGUGCUGGCUGCUCAACUCAGGUGCAUCCACUGGGACAUCAGCCGUAAUUUCGUCCUGCGAAUGGUCAUCACCGUCUUCUCAUUGCUGCUCAUCUACUCUGUGGCCCAAGUCAACAUGGUGUCAUGUGUGGCCGACUGCCACAAGGAAGCGAAUGAGACGGCGGCAACGCCUGCCAAGCCUCACGGUGCAGAGUGGCCGCAUCGGCUGUGCCCGCUGCCACAGUACCUGGUGGUGUGCUGCCUGCUGACGCUACUGCCUGCCUCGGCCUUCCUGCGCCUGCCACUUCUGGUCAAGGUCUUACUGCUCUGCCCCAUGGGCAUCGCUUUCCUCGCCCUCGUCGAGAUCUCACAUGCGCAGGUCUUCUUCUGUUACGACCAAAAUGCCCGCACACUGGUACCACUCCAUGUACUAGCUGUGGUGGGAAUCAUACACAUGCUGAUGGCCGUGCUCAUCCACGGUCGCCAAGUGGAGUGGACAGCUCGACUUGAUUUUCUGUGGAGCCUGCAGGCCAACGAAGAAAAACAGGAAAUGCACGACUUGGAGAGCAGCAACCGAAGAAUAUUAUUCAACCUGCUUCCUGCACACGUGGCAACACAUUUCCUGGACAAUCAGCUAAGGAACAACAUGGAACUGUAUCAUCAGUCAUACAGCCGUGUGGGUGUCAUGUUUGCCUCCAUCCCGAACUUUCACGAGUUCUACAUGGAAUUGGAUGGCAAUAACCAAGGUGUCGAGUGCUUAAGGCUUUUGAACGAGAUCAUUGCAGAAUUUGACCAGCUGCUGGAUGGUGACCAGUUCAAAGCCAUUGACAAGAUCAAGACAACUGGGAGCACAUAUAUGGCUGCCAUUGGGCUCAUGCCUGAUGCACGGAUCGGGGAUGACCAUGAAUCUGGUGCCAGCUACAUGAGUACCAUGGCAGAGCUCGUGUUCACCAUGAAAGACUGCCUUGCCGAUAUCAAUGAAAAUUCUUACAACAACUUCAUGCUUCGUGUUGGGCUCAAUAUUGGUCCUGUAGUAGCAGGAGUGAUUGGAGCCCGCAAGCCACAGUACGACAUCUGGGGCAACACGGUCAACGUAGCCAGUCGCAUGGACUCUACGGGCCUGCCCAACCACACUCAGAGAAGAGAAAGUGGGUCCACUCCUAACAGCUGGGCAGGGCAGCACCAAAAGGCAGUUCCACUGGCACCUCAUGAUGAUGUUUUACCAUACACCCAGCCCAAGCCCAUCAUUGUGUCAAACACCCCUCCACAUGGGUCUAGAUCGAGAGUGAAAACCGGAGUGUCUUCCAAACCAGAGUCCCUUACACGUGGUGACCCUUGGGAGAGCUUGAAACAAAUAAGAGUGCCUCCUCCCUCGCUACCUGGUGACCAAAGUGAGGCUGUGCUGACCGACGACUGUAGCCUCGAUCCUCGGUCAGAAAGCGCAAGCAGCCACCUUGACGACGGGCAUUCUAGCAGCGGAAGCCUCAUUGAGGAAAGUCACUGUUUAAAUGACCAUCCGUCAUCGCCGCAUGGAAGCUUGUCAGGUCCUGGCUUUCCCUUGCUGUUGUUAAAAAAUUCGAGCUGUCCUCAAGCAAACUGCAUGUACCCAUACUCUCAGUCUAUGGGAGACUAUGAGGCAAGUCCCAGUAUCAUUGGCCCAGGUCUCCCACAAGUUGGUCACUCUCCUAGCCACAAUGUCAGACAGCCAUAUGACGGCAUGUUUAGUCACACAAUGCCUGAAGCAGCAGCUCCAAACACAAGACAUGAUCCCGAGCCUGCAGUGUACUUCGCAAACUCUUCAGGAUCGCGUAAACGAACUCAUGAAGAGACAGUUAGCAGUGCUGUGACAGUGCCUCCGGUUGACUCCCCAGAGCAGGUGCCUCGUAAGCAGCUCUGCAACUCGAGUCCGGCAUCAAAGAGACUUGUCUGGGAGCACGGCAAGGCCAGGCCUCCGUCCUGACCGUACGUCACGACGCUGACGAGUUGGCCAUGGAAGACUAUCAGGAGAACUGGGAACAUCUGUGUGGCAGCCCAGCCAAGAUAUGCCAUGAGCGACAUCCUCAACGGAAACUCCCAGCGCAUUCUCAUGAGGCUUGGCGAGGACUCCACGGGCAUAGCGCUUCGACUGGCCGAGGCGGGCCACCCUCUCGGCGGACCACUUUUGCACCUCGACUCGCGAAGCAGCUGGAGCAAUGACGGUUCGAGCGAGGCAGACGAGGAAGGAGCUCCGCUGAUGGACAAUCACGGUGGUGGCUACACGACAGACGACGCGUCACUCGCCAAUGACCAAGGACUAACAGACGCAGAGGGGGCCCUUAGUGACCUCAACUCGCUCCUCAACGACGCGGGCCACGAAGGGGAUGACACGAGCAUCUCUUCACGGGCCAGCAGCCGCUUGCUCAGCAUUGACUCACUCAGUGUUACUUAUGACUCGGAGUACGACAACUAUGGAGUUGGUUUCAAUGGUGCCAUGGGCCGCACUGAGGACCUGAGGUCGCUCACAGACUGUAUAGCUCGCAAUUUCGGCCACUGCGUGAGUGACAACGAAGACAGUGACGUGCUUGCCUAAUACUGUUUUU